AUGUUAGCAUCUACUCUUGCCAUAGGCUACGAUGCGACAAGCUUUCAAGAAGAGGAAAGUGUGCCCACUAUGUUUUCUGCUCCUUCGGCGAGCCAGAAUGCCGUACCUGAAGAGGAAUUCGACCUCGGCGAAGAUAGAACGAGCUGUGACGAGCAAGCCUUGCCCCCGGAUUCUACCACAAGUCUGAUGGAUAAUACAGCCGCCUCAACUGGCCAUACGCCAGACGCCGGUACCAAGAAAAGGGGGAUCCAGGAUAGAAAAGGUGUGAUUUCUCGAAAACGCGGCCGUCCGUCAAAGAAUGCGUCUGCUGGACAAUCCACUGAGCCAAGUAGAUCACGCCGUCGUGGUCGUUCAAGAAGGAAUUGA